AUGAAGCACCGCAGCAACGACGUGACCCAGGGCGCCGAGCGGGCUCCGGCCCGGGCCAUGCUGCUGGCUAUGGGCCUGACCCAUGAAGAUCUCGACAAACCCUUUGUUGCCAUUGCCAACCUGGCCAGCGACGUUACCCCAUGUAACGUCCACCUGUCACGGUUCGCCGAGGCGGCCAAGGAGGGCAUCCGGCAGGCCGACGGCACCCCCUUUGAAUUUGGCACUAUCACCGUCAGCGACGGCAUUUCCAUGGGCACCGAGGGCAUGAAGGCCUCCCUGGUCAGCCGCGAAGUGAUUGCCGACUCCAUCGAGGUGGUUACUUUUGGGGAGCGGAUGGACGGUUUGGUCACGGUGGCCGGUUGCGACAAGAACAUGCCCGGCUGCAUGAUGGCCAUCGCCCGCCUCAACGUGCCGUCCAUCUUCAUCUACGGCGGCACCAUCAUGCCAGGCCAGUAUCUCGGUAACGACGUAAACAUCCAGGACGUUUUCGAGGCGGUGGGCGCCUAUGCCAAGGGCAGUAUCACCCGCGAUGAACUUACCGCCCUGGAGUGCGUGGCCUGCCCCGGCGAGGGUUCCUGCGCCGGCCUGUUCACUGCCAACACCAUGUCUACCGCUAUCGAAAUCAUGGGCAUGUCCCUGCCCGGCGACGCCUCCAUUCCGGCCAUUGACCCACGCAAGGUUGACGAGGCCCGCAAGGCAGGUAGCACCCUGCUCCGCCUGCUGGAAGAGGAUGUCCGCCCCAGGGACAUCAUGACCCGCCAUGCCUUCGAGAACGCCAUAACUGUGGUGCUGGCCAUGGGCGGAUCCACCAACGCCGUUUUGCACCUGAUGGCUAUCGCCCGCGAGGCCGAGGUUGAACUGAGUCUCGACGACUUCGACCGCAUCAGUCGCAGCACGCCCUACAUCUCCGAUAUGCGCCCUGGCGGCCGGUACGUAAUGGCCGACCUGCACCGCUACGGCGGAGUUUCCCUGGUGGCCAAGCGAAUGCUCGAGGCGGGACUGCUCCACGGCGAUACCAUGACCGUUACCGGCAAGACCCUGGCCGAAAACGUGGCGGGCAUGCCCGUCGUUGACGACCAGCCGGUCAUCUACCGGCCGGACAAUCCUCGCAGCCCCACCGGCGGCCUCGCCAUAUUGCGCGGCAACCUGGCUCCCGACGGCGCGGUCAUCAAGGUGGCUGGCCACCAGGAAAGGGUCUACGAGGGUCCGGCCCGGGUGUUUGAGCAGGAGGAACCCGCUUUCCAGGCCAUUCAGCGAGGCGAGAUUAACCCCGGCGAUAUCGUGGUAAUCCGGUACGAAGGGCCCAAGGGUGGCCCCGGCAUGCGGGAAAUGCUCGCCGUAACCGGCGCGCUUAUCGGCCAGGGACUGGGCGACUCGGUGGCCCUGAUGACCGACGGACGUUUCUCCGGCGCCUCCCACGGCCCCAUGGUGGGCCACGUUGCUCCGGAAGCGGCGGUGGGCGGCCCCAUUGGUUUGCUCAAGGAAGGGGACAUUGUUAUCCUGGACAUUCCCAACCGGCAACUGAAUGCCCGCCUGACCGAGGAGGAAUUCGCGGACCGGCGUGCUGCCUGGCAGCCCUUGCCGCCCAAGUACACCACCGGAGUCUUGGCCAAGUAUGCCAAGCUGGUGUCUUCCGCCGCCGAGGGCGCGGUGACACGGUAG